AUGAGCGACAUGGCUGCACCGAUCAACGAUCAACUUGAUGGAGAGCCUUCCAGUGGAGACACUCAACGCCGCUAUCGAACGUUGGGGCUUACAGGCUUUGUCACGCUGUUGUUGGUGGCCGCCUAUGCUACAAGUCCGAUGGAUCGCAGUAGCAAUCUCCGCAGUGCUGUCUUCACCCCAAUGCAGACUGACGAUACUGCAGGGGGGUGGACAACAGACACAGACGGCUCCAGUACGAACUCGACAAGUGAAUCCCGACUACGCACCGUGAACAUUGGCAUGGGCUGUCCGGAGUUCCAGGUCGCAUUCGACGGUGAAACACCUGGGAGUUCCAGUCCAUUCCGGUCUUUCACCUUGACAAAGGGCGUCGGGUACGCCCAUGUGGCGCUGCACUUCAGUAAGCUCUGGCUGCCGCGUGGGGCGUCCGUGGUGCUUCGUGCAGUAGAAGGCUUCGACACACCCGAUCGAUACCUUAAUCUCUCGGAAAAGUACCCGAGUGGUAGAAUCUACUACGAUGUCCUCGCCUCUCCAGUCCUAGCGAAAGAAUUCCGGCUCGAGUUCUACCGCAGUGAUGGUGUCUUCGACUCUACCGACGACGAUCUCAUCUUGGAGACUUUCAGCGUGACCGAUAGCAAUGCAAAGUGCUACGGCUUCGCGGUAGAUUCCUACUACUACGUGCUCAUGGACGACGCCAAUCCCAUCGUGGCCACCGACGAGACUCUGUGCGUUGCGGAUAAUACCAAGAGAGCCAUUUGCUACUACGCCGAGAACACCACGCAGACAGCGUACCUGGCGUCUCGAGCUGUGGCCCGGUUAACUACCCCAAAAGGUUUCGGAGAGUCCGCGAUGUGCACAGGCUGGUUGCUAGGCAACCAAGGGCAUAUCCUCACCAAUCACCACUGCGUAUCUACAGAUGCAGAGGCGACUGGUACGACGGUGGAGUUCAUGGCGGAAGAUAGUGCGUGCAGUGACGGUAUUUCGUGCAAGUUGAACGAGUGUAGAGGUGAAAUGGUGUCCUUCACGACAGACCUCGUCCAUUCCAGUGAGGAGCUUGACUAUGCGUUGCUCAAGUUACCAACUAACGGCGCCCAAACUGCCCAAACGUACGGGUAUCUGCGGCUAAAGACCCGCGAUGGGGUUGUAGGCGAACAACUGUACAUCCCCCAGCACCUAAUGGGCAAGAACAAGCGCAUUUCUCUCGAGGAUGACUAUGCCAGCAAGGUGGCGUUGCUGAGUUUGAGUGCCAGCACAUGCGGCACAAUUGGGUACUCUUACAGCGGCGACACAAAGACUGGGUCUUCCGGAUCCCCAGUGUUAUCCUUUUCGGACCACGGCGUUGUGGCACUUCACCACUGCGGUGAAAUGUGUGGCAAUACUGGUAUUCCAGCCAAGAGAAUUGUUGCAGACUUGAUGGCGAACGGUAUCGACGUUGCUGUAUUCGAUGGUAUUGACGACGGAUCAAGCCACACAGCCAAUUCGGAGCGCUUUCCUGCGUAUUCUCCACCAGUCGCGGAGGCUGCGCUACCUCUGACGUCUCGCCUCACUCUGGAUGGAGCGAUUAUUCUCGCUUCGGGCUACGUUAGCGUCGACAAAGUGGAGUUUACCCUAACUCGUGACACGGACGUAUCGUUCGCAGUAGUUUCCGUCGAGAUCGCAGACAACGGCUCGUUCAUCGACCUGAACGGCGACUGUCGCGCUACCUACUUGGACUCGAUCGUCUACCUGUUCCCCAAAGACGGCACGACCCCCGUCUUCUUCGUUGAUGACGGCGGAGUGACUGCAAAUGUUGAGGGCGACUCGAUCAGCUACAACGAUCCGUAUAUGCAAACUUUCCUCAAGAAAGGGUCGUACGUCUUGGCUGUUGCAUCGAUGGGGUCGAGCGCGUAUGAUGCACUUACUGGGAAAACUAAGGCCGAGUAUCCACCGGAACUUUACUCGUGUCGAUCGCGCAGCUCGUACGGCUCCUACCGACUUAAAAUCUCGAGCACUGUGGGCGAGAACCCGUUCACGUUUACCAAGCUACCUGCAGCUAUUGCUAUCGACCCGACCUUGUGUCACAAGGCAGCCCAAGCUAUUUGCCCGGACUAA